AUCACACUUGAACACGGUUCCGUGAUACUUAAAUCUCUUCGCUUAAACAAUUGCUUCAGUGAUUUUCUAUUAAUAUGUAGGGCGUACUGGGAAGACUUUCUUAGGACCAAUGUCUCAAUCUUUGCAUUACUAAUUCUCAUCCUUGUUUUAAAGCACUCAGCAGCAAGUUCAACAGAAAUACCAGUUUGGUGCCUGGGGUAAGACCACGAAAAACUGCAAUAUGAAAAGGGUUCGAAAGAAUAAUCAUACUGCACCGUCCGUCGCGCAGUUUAGCGAGGGUUGCAUUCGGACCUUAGCUACAGAGGUCAGUUCCAAAAAUAUAUUGUAGUCUUCUCCCAAUGCCAGUACAACCAACAAUAAGUUUGCAACUUGUUCUGGGAGGCGUGGAGUGGGAACACAAAGAAUGCGUGUCCCCCCCCCCCCGAAGUGAGUUCAGGAGGGAACAACUGUUAGUGAUUGGGAUUUGGAAUGUCACAACUCUUACGGGUAAAGAGCGGGAACUAAUGGAGAAAGCCAAACGCUACUGGUUAGAUAUAAUCAGUGUCUCCUCUACAAGGUUCAGUGGUUCAAGUACCGUAGAUUUUGGUGGAGGUUGCAAACUAAUCUAUGCAGGUGUGGUGCCAACUAUGUUUGCAUAGCUAAGCACAAGCACUCGGCUGUCGGAUUGUGUUAUGGAGUGGAUUUCAGCUUAAGCUGAAAGAAGGCCCGCUGUGGUUCUUGCAGAUAUAUACACCAAAUACAAAUCCUUCCUUGACGAAGUUACUGCAGUUUUAGAUGUAGUUAAGACCUAGCCAUUUGUCCUACAAGGAGAUUUCGAUGCAGACGUUGGCUGUGACGGCAGUGAUGAUAAAAUUAGUGUUGUCCACGCAGUACCUUGUAGUUAUCUCCCUUAUCUGUCCUCUACUCUGUUUGCUGAAGUUAAAAACACAUCGGACCUUAUUUUAGGCUAUUAUUAACUAAGAUCCCAAGGGAACUUCAUUAAAUACUACUGCAAAAAAACUACAUGAUCAUCUUAUAUUGGCAGCUGAAUUAAAAUUAAGACUACUUUGUCUGUUCACACAUCUUGAGCUCAUAUGAACCUUCAUUUAUGUUCUGUCUGAACUGCCAAGAGGAAGCUGAAUUGCCAUUUGAAGAUGUAACCUGGAACAAUGGUGAAUUACUGAAGCAGCAACUUUAAGAUGUAGAUUGUCAACGUUCCUUAAACUGAAGUGGACAGGACAUCAUCUCUCAGGACUAACUGGUGUCAAUGUACAGUUAUUUUGUGUGAUCUGACCAACACAGUUUCAACUAGAAUAUCAUCACCCACCCUAUAAAAAUGGAGUAUAACAGUGACAUGUCUAAUGAGGCAUUUACUGAAAACUGUCAGUCUACCAGUCAGGAAGGAAGUCCAUUAGGUAUGAAAACGUUUCGUGACAUAUCUGACGAGUCGUUUCUUGAGAAUAGUCAGUCUGCAAAUCACAAAGGCUCUCCGUCAAGUGAGAAAUCAUCUGAUAGUGAAAUGUCUGAUAUGACUUUGCCUGAGAAGAAUAAGUCUAGCAACUACAAGCAAGCUGGGUCAGAUGAGAAAACAUCCGACAGCGAUACGUUAGAGAAGGCAUAUCCAGUGAAGAGUGGCUUGGGAAAUCAGAAAGACUCCACUCAGUCUGAUGAAGAGGAAAGUUUUAAUAGUGAAAUAUCUGGGAAGGCAUUUCCAGGGGACAGUAAUUUAAUCGCAAACAACAAACAAACUGAGUUGGAUAAGGAGACAUCUGAAAGAGAUUUGUCUCAAGAGCCAUUCCCUGAGAACAGCCUGCUGACCAAUAACAAAGAGAUUCUCAUAUCUGGGAAGACAUUUGAUGCAGAUUUUGUUGCUAAGACACUUCUUGAGAGCAGUAAAUUAACCACCUUCAAGAAACAGAUGCCCUUGACAGAGAAAGCAUUCUACUGUGAAUUUUGUGGCAAAUCUUUUUCUCAGAAUUGUAAGUUGACUCGGCACAAGCGUAUUCAUACUGGAGAGAAACCAUUUCAUUGCGAAUUCUGUGGUAAAGCAUUUUCACGGAAUUGCCAUUUGUCCGACCACAGAAGAGCACACACUGGAGAAAAGCCGCACUUAUGUGAGGUUUGUGGUAAAGCAUUUUUACGACCAUGUGAUUUAUCCCUUCAUGUACGUACUCAUACUGGAGAAAAACCCUACGAAUGUGAUAUUUGUGGGAAAAAAUUCUCAUUUAAGAGUACUUUCCAAUGUCACAAGCUAACUCAUGCGAAAGUGAAGCCUUUUUGUGACAUUUGCGGCAAAAUAUUCUCUCUAAAACGUAAUUUAAUGCGUCAUAGAUAUAUCCACUUCAGGGAGGGAACGUUUGAAUGUGAUAUAUGUAAUAAGAUUUUCUCUGAUGAAGCCUCGUUACUUCAACACAAAGUGAUUCAUGAUGAUGGCAAAGACCUUACUCUCGGUGUGUUUGAUAAAUCAUUUUCUAAAGACUGUGAUGAUGUCCCCCUCAAAGAAGAUAUUUCUACUGAGAAGUCAUCAUUCCAUUGCAAAGCAUGUGGCAAGGAAUUCUCUGAAAAGAAUGCUUUUAUAGAACACAAAGAUAGCCAAUGUAACGAGAAGCCCUACAGCUGUGACAUAUGUGCCAGGUCAUUUGAUUGUAGUAGUAAAUUAGAGGCUCACAAGGAAAAACACACAGGAAAUCGGCCCUUCCAUUGUGAGAUCUGUAACAGGGCUUUCUCUGACAUAACUUAUUUACAACGCCAUAAAAUUAAUCAUGCCGAAAAGAAGCCAUUUCCAUGUGAAAUCUGCGGUCGAUCUUUCUCUCAGAGUCACGUCCUUGUUUCUCACAGACGUACUCACACUGGUGAGAAACCAUACCAGUGUGAAGUUUGUGGUAAAAACUUCUCUCGGAAAGACUAUCUGUCCUGCCAUCGACGGGUACACACAGGUGAGAAGCCAUAUGUGUGUGAAAUUUGUGGUAAAGCUUUCACCCGUAACGAUUAUUUAUCAAUUCACCGACGUUCUCAUGCCGAGGAGAAAGCUUUCCCUUGUGAAAUUUGUGGUGUUGAGUUCUUUCAAUAUAACCAGUUGGUUGAACACAGACAGCUUCACAUUGAAGCAAAUGCUGGACAAUUUCAGUUGGACACCAGUGAAGCGGUCCCUGAAGCUGAUAAUUUACCUCCGACACAUUCCGAGAACCGCGUCAUCGAACCCAUAAAAUUUGAUAUUGAUUACAACAUAUUUUUCUAGAGUCGAUUCCUCUAUCACCUUACCGAGAAAAUAGGAUAAUGAUGUUGCCCUCUAGAGAGCAUCAUUCUAAAAGUAACAUUCUAGGAGUCCCAAUUUCAACUAAUUCUCCUCAGCUCCUGAAUAAUUAACUUGGUAACACAUUUAUGAAUCAACACAGCUGGUUUAAAUUAAACCAUCUUUCUCUACUUUACCCUCAUCCUUGAAGAACUAUGUUAAAUGAUAUCAGAUAUUAAGCAUGUAAGAACGAAGGAUGACAAGAUUUUUAAGUGUUUCCAUGGCAAACAUCGAGGAAAAAUUUUUCUACCUACCUGGUGAGGUAAUAGUAUCAUCUACCUACUCAUAGUUGUGCCAUUGUCUACCCAGAUCUGAAGCAAUAUCCAUUAUAUUUACUGUUUAUAAGAAAAUCCUUCAAAAAUAAGUAACAUUUCUGGUGUGAAACCUCAUUGCAAAGAAUAUCUUUGUCGUGGAUCAGUUGGUAAGGCAUCUACCUCGCAAACAGUCAGGGUACUUUCUACUCCCCCUAACUGACAACAAUAUCAACAACAUAACAUUAACUACUAACUAUGAACCACGUACUAAUGUUUGAGGGUUCUAAACUUCAUGGUUCUGAUCAGUAUUCAAGCUUAGAGGCAAAGAACAUUAUAAUAAUAUAGGAUUUGGGUAAGGUAGAGGUGUGGCAUGGAUAAACAAAAGUACAUCUUUGAGGCUGUCAUGUUGGAGAACUGGCAGAGAAGUUGAGUUGCUUGGGAAACAUCUCAUCGAGUUUAACUACAACCACAUGACCUUCAGCAAUCCUUUUUCCACCCCACUUUUUUGAACUUCUGAAAAAUAAAAAAAAAAAACUUUUCACCUUGCAACCUUUCUUACUGAACAUUUGUAUGCUUGUUGUUCAAAAUAAUAAUAAUAAUAAUUAUAACAACGACAACAAUAAUCCAAUAAUCAUAUAUAUAUAUGUAUAUAUAUAAAUAUAUAUAAUGUAUGUAUGUAUAUAUAUAUAUAUGUAUGUAUAGUAAACUAUAGUAGUAGUAGUAAUAGUAUUAAUAAUAAUAAUAAUAAUAAUAAUAAUAGAAAGAUUGAUCAAAAUUUAAAUGUAUCGAAUCUGGAAAAAGAAGUUUUUUUGUUAUUUUAAUUUUUUUUUUAAAUUAAAAAAACGUUUUUGGAACAAAAUGGUAUUCUUCCUCUCCUAGUGGCGGCAUCUUUCAGCAAGUUGAUAAAUGAGAUGUCUCUCCUCCCUCCACCAUCACCACCCACAACAACAAUUACUCCACCCCACUCUUAAGUCCAGUCUGUGUCUCUGCCUACAAGUCUCAACAAGGGGUGGGAUUAACUCAUUACUGUGCCACACCCCAUUUCACAGCCCACCACUACCAUCUCGCUUGUAAUUCAUACUUCAAUAUUGGUGGGCAGGUAUUUUAGACUACCAAUUGGAGGUGGAUGAAUUGUGUGGCUUAGGGCUGGGAAGUGGCAGAACCCCCUCCCCCCAUAUAACUCUUCCAUUCAUGGAAUGGAUCUUAACAGUAUUCCCUUCCCACAACAUGCACCCACACUUUUUUUUUCUUAAUUAAUUUUUGGAGACGGGUAAUGACAAUGAAACAAUAAACCACUGACCUCCCUCCCCUGUCAUUUGAGAAUGGAUAUUAGAGCUCACUCACUCCAUUAUCACUUUCAUAAUAAUUUUACCUCAUGUAAUCAACAUGUAGCAAACCAGUUGCAUAUAACACACUCCCAUCAUCAUUACCUAUCUUUGACUGGCAGCCUCAUGUCUUCAUUGCUCCUCUCUCAUUCUCAAUCAUUCAUGAAGUUGGAUAAGACAGGUGACACCUGAUUUGUAAUGUCUUCUUCAGAUUUAGGCAGAAGAAAAUUUAAAAGGAAAGUCAACAUAGCAUGUAAAAUUAGUCUUGCAGAAAAUUUAUAGGAUUUUAUUUCACGGCAAAAAUAUAUGAAUAGCACAAAUAUAAAGAUUCAGUCCUCAAUGACAUAAUCCAAUGCUAGUAGUAAUAGAAAUAAUAAUAAUAAUAACAACAACAAUAAUAAUAAUAUCUGAUAUACAAGUACACCUUCUACUUUUUUUGUCUAUAAAUUUCUGUAACAAUGCCAUGAUAUGUAUUAUCCUCAUGAAUAUUGUUUUAAUGUCCACUUCCCAUGUUAGUAUGGGUCAGACAAGACUUAUUGAGCCAGUUUUCCUACAGCUGGAUUUCCUUCCUGUCACCGACCUUUGUUUCCUAGUAAGAUAUUUUUUCCCCUGGUCUUUCGAACAAUGAACUGCUCAAUGGUGGGUUUUUUGUUGUUUUUUUUUUGCAGUAGAUCUAAACAAUGACACCAUGUAUAAGUUGACAGUCACAUACAUACACACACAGACACACAUACAUAUAUAUAUAUAUCUGAUAUAUCAGGCUUCCAUACAGUUUCCAUCUACUAAUUUCACUCAUAAAGUAUUGGUCAGUCUGAGGCACUAAUAGGCCACAGUACUACAAAAUCGAAACUGAAUCCAAAACUUGGUUGUGAAGCAAUUUUCUUAACCACACAGCCAUACCUCUACCAAUAUACAUCAUGGUGUGUGUGUAUGUAUAUUAUAUACACACACACAUGCACACACUAUUUUAGAUAUAUUUAAAAGUUGUUUUUUUUAAUCUUUGAUUUUAUAUCAUAAGCCUGUGGGACAGGGUGGUGGUGGCCAUUUUAGGAUUUUCCUCUCCUUCCACUGAGAGUUUCUAAGGUUUGAAUUGGAAAGGUCAAAGUUACAUGUGGCCGAUGUUAUUUUAUAUGAAUUUAGUUGUAGGUGCAAUAUGGCUGAAUGUUUAAGAAAUCCAGUUCACAGCCACAAAGCUGUCUCAGCUUUGAUCCCACUGCAUGGCAUCUUGAGUAAAUGUCAUUUUCUAUACCUACAGACAUAUCUUGUGAGUGAAAUUGGGUAGACAGAAGCUGUAUAGAAGCCUGUUGGCUGGAUUAUACCUGUAGUUUCAAAGGUACAGUCAUGUCACACUAAUUCUGCCUGUGAAUUAUGUUAUGGAUACAUGUGUCUGUGGAAUAUUCAUGUUAAUUCAACAGCAGGUCAUUCAUAAGAGCAAACAACUGCAUCCUCAUUGUCGGACAAGGGAGAUCCUCCACCACUACCACCAUCAUUUUAGGAAGUUGGUGUUUCUAAAUUAAAAACAAUCAGAUAACAUUCACCAAAGAAUAACAAAAAUGAGAUACUUAAUACAGAUGUAGAAUUUGAAUAUUUCAUUAGCGAAUAGAGUGACUGUUUUUUAUAGACAGAAACUAUGUUUCUGUCUUAUAAUGAUUAUGUGUAUGUGUAGUGUCCUGUUGCAACCUGCCUAGGUCUGUGACAUUUUAUACCUCCUGAUAUUUGAUUAGCUACCUCUAUGCCUAAGGUCUGCUGGACUAGAGCUGACCAGGCUAACAACAACAACCGCAACAAUGCCAACAACAAUAGGAAUAUAUCAAACUAUCUUAGGUUAAGAAAUACUAGCAGUAGUGAGCUAAUGAGAGUAAUACAUGAUGGAGCUCUCUAGGCCUAAAUAGCAGAGCUCUCAUGGCCCAAAUGGUCAAGCAGUUCUAGCCAAAUUGGUUGAGCACUCCUGGCCUAAAUAGUCGAACACUUUUGCCCUAAAUGAAUUUAGAGCAUUUCAUUUCAUCCCUCCACAGUCCAAGCUCAAAAUGUUGCUGGGGAUUAACUUUUCCUAUCAUCCUUCAUGGGUUGAUGAAAAACCUUUACCAGAAUUAUUGUAGGUGGCAGGGCUGGUUUGGUACGUGGGUGAUAUUUUAUGGGAUUAAAUCAAAUGGAUUAUGUCCCCUUUUUUCCUUUUCCUCCCACUAGAAAAAUUGGCUUGGGAACCUCCUUGUCAAAAUAAAUCAUAUUUCUAUGGUAAAUGGGCUGAAAUGGGUAAAUCUGAUGAAUGUGUGUGUGUGAAGGAAUGUUGUAUGUAUGUUUACACACUGAAACACAUACACUCACACUGAAGGUUGUUUGGCAAUAAAAUCUUGUGAAAAGAAA